AUGUCUUCAGCUAAAAAUACUACUCGAAAAGGUCCAGCACCUUUCAAACCGCCUUCAAGAGUGAGCGAUGCCAGUAGAUCCGCAAGAACUUCUACAAAGGCACCUGGACAAGGACAAGGACGCCAAUCUCGCGACAGCAAUGGGUUGCCUGGUUUCUCAAGUGCACGUUCGAGUUUAGCUCCCAUGGCCAGGAACACAAGUUUGCUGGAUCUGGACAUAGAGCUGGAUGACGACGACGACGAAAACGAAGAGACCAACACACCGCAGCAAAACACGGCCGAGACAACGGCCAGGGAGACACCGACAGGCCCUGUACACCUUGAAGGCGGUCCUCCUCCAAUUCCACUGAAACUCCUUGCCAGACUCAUCUACGAAGGCUUCGAGGAUAAAAACAUGAAGAUUGGCAAGGAAGCUUUGACAACCACGUCGAAGUAUAUCGAGACAUUCGUCAGAGAAGCCAUGGCUAGAGCAGCGCAAGAGAGAAAGGACUCUGCCGAAGACGGCUUUGGUGGCGAUGGGUUUCUGCAGGUCGAAGAUCUCGAGAAACUUGCGCCACAACUGCUACUUGACUUCUGA